UUGGUGGAAAACAACGGCUGACAUUAUUCAUUAUUCUGGUUAGGUAUUUAGAUGAAUCUAGAUUUUUUUCUCACUUGGAACAUCGCGUGAAGGUUACUGUGAUCCAAUAUGGCAUCCGCUGUAGUUCAACGAAUUGUGCGAAAAGUGCCAUUGAAAAAUUUCAAUAAACAGUUUUCCACAACGACAGUUAGAGCUGGAACUCAGUUAACUGUCAGGGAUGCCUUGAAUGCUGCUAUAGAUGAAGAAAUCAAAAGAGAUGAUAAAGUUUUUCUAUUGGGAGAGGAAGUUGCAUUGUAUGAUGGUGCCUACAAGGUUAGCAGAGGAUUACACAAGACAUAUGGAGACAAGAGAGUAAUAGAUACUCCUAUAACUGAGAUGGGUUUUGCUGGUAUUGCAGUAGGAGCAGCUAUGGCAGGCUUGAAACCAAUAUGUGAAUUCAUGACAUUUAAUUUCUCCAUGCAAGCAAUAGAUCAGGUGAUCAACUCAGCAGCUAAAACAUUUUACAUGUCAGCAGGACAGGUUCCAGUCCCUAUUGUCUUUCGAGGACCAAAUGGAGCUGCAGCUGGUGUUGGAGCCCAACAUUCACAGUGCUUUGCUUCAUGGUACAGUGCUUGUCCAGGACUAAAAGUAUUAUCCCCAUUCUCUUCAGAAGAUUGUAAAGGGUUAUUAAAAGCAGCAAUUAGAGAUCCCAACCCAGUUGUAUUUUUAGAGAAUGAGAUUAUGUAUGGAACACAAUUUGAAAUGUCUGAUGAAGCUAUGUCUGAAGAUUUCGUUAUUCCAAUAGGAAAAGCAAAAAUAGAAAGACAAGGUAAUCACAUAACGUUAGUAUCACACAGUAGAUAUGUAGGACAUUGUUUAGAGGCAGCCAAUGAAUUAGCAGGACAAGGUGUGGAAUGUGAGGUUAUAAAUUUAAGAUCAAUUAGGCCAAUGGAUGAAGAAACAAUUGUAAAAUCAGUGAUGAAAACAAACCAUUUAGUAACGGUGGAGGGUGGAUGGCCACAGUGUGGAAUUGGAUCUGAAAUAUGUGCCAGAGUCAUAGAAAGUCAAGCCUUUAAUUACCUUGAUGCACCAGUAUUACGUGUAACGGGAGCUGACUUACCAACACCAUAUGCUAAACAGUUAGAAGACAAUUCAUUUCCUCAGACUCAUAACAUUGUUGGAGCAGUCAAAAAGUCGCUGAAUAUAUCCUAACAAAUACUCAUUUUAGGCAAAUUUUAACUGUUGUGACUUACUUAGGAAAUCAGUUGAAAUUGGAGAUAUAACUUAUAAUAGAACUGUUUUAGUGUGACCAUAGACAGUGAUUUCAUGUUUUAAAAAGAUUACUGUUAAAUGGCUCAAUGUCUAAUAUGAAGUACAUUUUAUUUUAUUAAAGUUCAUCUGUUAUAGGUAAUUUUUUUAGUGAGGUUGAUUUCCUGUGGAUAAAAUUUUAUCAAAUGUAGCUUUUAUUUUUUAUUUAUGAUAUUCUGUUGAAUCUCGUGAAGAUUAAUAUUUGUAAACUAGAAGAGAUGUAUGUAAUAAAGUCUUAAAAUGAUUUUACUUUCUGUAGAAACCAAGGUAUACAAAAGAACAUUAUUUAGAGAUGUCAACUGUAGGGAUAGUUUUUUCCAAUGUGUUUCAUGUUAUCACAGUCUUCAUGAUAAACUUUUGAAUCCACAAGCCAGAGGCUCAAUUUAACAAAAUUUUUAGUUGGAUUCUGUUGGCUAGUAGAGAAGAAUUUCACAAGCUGGAAAGUAAAACUUUACAAGCCAUGGCUGUAGGACUUGUGGUUAAGCGUGAAACUGUUACUUACAUUAACUUGGCAAAAGGGGAUAGUUGUGGAGGUUAGAGUUUAAAGUGACUAAAUUUGUCUCCCUAUUUUAGAAAAAGUGGAUUUGUAAAAUUUGUUUGCAUCCUUUUCUUAGAUGCUUAUGCUUUCCAUCUCCUUUAUAAACCAGUGACUGGAUUUAAUUUAAACUGCUAGAAAUGUUCUUUACCCAAUAGCAGUGUGCACCUCAUGUUUUAUAUUUUGACCUGGCUGAAUUUUUGUACUAGUAUUCCCAAGUUAUGACAGGUAUGUUCCAUCAAAAUAACGUACUACCAAAAUUAGUUAUGUAUUUGUGUUAUAAUACUCUGGUUGCUGUCUUAACAUACUCUUGUUUGAAAUGAUAACAACCAGAACACAAUGUAGUGGGCUUUUACAUUUACCAUAUCUAUAUUUUUUAUGCAAGUUACACAUAACCAAGUUAUACAAUUAAACCUUAAACUUUUAGCAUCACUCUGAUUUAGAUAGAUGAUUUGAACAAGAAAGAUUAAUAUAGCAAUGAUAAAAUAUAAAUUUUGAAUGAAGGCUUUAUCACAAUAGUUUUAAAUAAUUUUCCGUUGUAAGCAGAAUACUGUGGAUUUAUAAAAAAAAGUGAUACUGUAGUACAUGCAAAGUUUUUUAAGAUAUCCUUUUCUGUUUAUUGCAGUAUAAUUGGAUAAACUGGUUCAUAUCAUCACAUUUGUUGAUUUCUAUAAUGCGUGAUGUUUGUAUCAUUUGUUUCAAUAUUAUUUAUGUGAAAAUUAAAAACAGAUAAAGACAG